ACUUUCCCAAGAUGGAACGUUGGGCAGGAAGUGUAGCUUUUGUAACAGGUGCAAGUUCUGGAAUAGGAGAAGCCGUCGUACAACAAUUAGUUGACAGCGGGUUAAAGGUAGUAGGGUUCGCGCGAAGGAAACAACUUUUAGACCAACUUGCUAAAGAUCUAUCCUCCAAAAAAGGAAAAUUUUACACAUACGAGGGUGACGUUAGCAAAGAAAGUGAUGUUUUAAAAGCGUAUCAAUGGACCAAAGAAAAUGUUGGCCCAGUCAGUAUUGUUAUCAAUAAUGCUGGCGCAAUUAAUUAUUCAAAAAUAUUAGAAAGUACAACUGAAAAGUGGAGACAAGUACUUGACGUUAAUGUCUUAGGAGUCUGCAUUUCAACCCGAGAAGCUAUUAAGCAUAUGAAAGAGAAUAAUAUAGAUGGUCAUGUUAUUAAUCUUAAUAGUGUUUUAGGUCAUAAAGUAGGAUCAAUGGACGGAGAUAUCUAUGGUGCUACGAAAUAUGCUGUGACUUCCUUAACUGAAACACUUCGUCUCGAGUUGGCUAAAGAAAAUUCUAAAAUCAGAGUAACUAGUAUAAGUCCGGGAGCAGUACAAACAGAAACAUUAGACAAAGUGUUAGAACUCGCCAAACUUCCACCAGGAGCGGUAAGCACUCUUGCAGCUAGUGACAUUGCAGAUGCUAUAAUAUAUGUAUUAUCAGCACCACAAAGCGUAAAUGUGUCCGAACUUAUAAUACAAGUAACAGGAGAGAUAUUUUAGAUUGAUAUAAAUUAAAACGUUUGGAAUAAAUAUUUAUAAAUAUU